AGCACCUUGUGCUCCAAUUUUCUAGGAAUUUAACGAUUCUGUUUCAAUAAAAAAUAUAAGAAAUACAUCAGUUCUGUGCCUUUCGUUCGUUUUAUAUUUUUACAGAAAGGAUAGAGAUAGAAAGAGGGAAGGGGAGAAAGAGAAAUAUUGGGAGAAAAGGAAAAAGUUUUGUCCUAAGGGUUAAAUAUCCACAAAGCAAACGCUCAUUUUUAGUAUAGUUCGUAAGCAAGAUAGCGCCGAACACGUGCCGUAAAAAGACCUGCUUUCGUUACACGCGGUUUCUCUCAUUUUAAAAGAUGAGAACACGUUGAGAAACGAAGCGAAGUUUAGUGCUAAAACAGUAAGAUGCUUACUGAUGGAGGUUCGUUCAUCAGUAUCGUGUAGCCACAAGGAAUGGAGACGUAUCGCAAAGAGAGAACGACGCAGGCGGUUGCGUCAAAAGGCUGCGAAGGAACGCGAAGCAGACGAAUUACGAUUGAGGGCAGCACUGGAGAAUAGCGCGGAUUAUUUGAAUUGGUGCAAAGAAGAGGAACGAUGCAAGAAAGAAAAAGAAGAGUUAGAAAAACGAGAACACGAGAAAAGAGAAGAAUUAUGGCUCGAGGAGGAGGUAAAAGCGCAAAAGGAAUGGCUUAUUAUUCAGGAACGUAAAGCAAAAGCUAGACAACAGCAACUGAAACAAGAAGAACAAAUUCGAAAAGAGUUUGAGGCUAAGCAAGCAAUUAUACGUAAGAAAGAAGAAGAAGAAAAACUUAAACGAGAAGAGGAGAUAAAGCGAAGAGAAUUAUUGCAUCAGCAAAUUGAUGAUUAUAUAGAUGAAGGAAUAAAAACGCCAGAGAUUCUUAGAGAAAUUAUCGACAGUCAACCGGGCAAAGAACUUUGUCCUUUCUUUUCUAAAACGGGCGCUUGCAGAUAUGGAGAUACGUGUUCCAGAAAUCAUCGUCGAGUUUGCCUAAGCAAAGUCCUUUUAAUACCUAAUUUUUAUACGCAUUUCUCUCUGGAAAAAAACUCUACGGAAUAUGAUACGGACAUUGGAUUGGAAUUUGAGAGUUCCGAGACCAGACAACACUUUCGUGAGUUUUAUUACGACGUUGUACCGGAAUUAGAAUCUUACGGAAGAAUUAAAACGCUCAGACUAUGUUGCAAUACCGAGAUUCAUUUGCGCGGUAAUUUGUACGUUGAGUAUUAUACUGAACGAGAAGCUGCUAGAGCUCAGAGAAAACUGAAGGGUCGUUGGUACGCUGGCAGACAAUUGAACUGCGAAUUUGCCAAUUUUAAGUCUUGGAGAAGUGCAGUCUGUGGGAUGAUAAAAUGUCCUAAGGGUAGAGCUUGCAAUUUUCUGCACACUUUUCAAAAUCCUUACACCGAAUACGACAUCAAAAGUCCACCGCGUUAUUCAAAAGCAGCUACUUCGGAAAGUAAUAGCAAAAGGAGCGAACAAAGGAACAAAUCUACAUGGGAAGAGUACAUAUGCGAAGAAACCGAUGAAAGUAAAAAUUGGAGGUGGUCAGAAUCACCCGAGAUUGAAACGCCGAACAAACGUUCGAGGAAUAGCGAAAAACAGCAUAGACACUCGAACGAAAGAAACGGUAAUCGUUCUUCUAGACACGAUAAACAAGAUCGAAGUUCCAGAAGUUCUAGGAAGUUUAGAAGAACGUCGACGGAGAGGCGAAAUCAUCAUUCAAGUUCAAUCAGAUCUCGAAGAUGCUACGAGAAGAAACGCGAAAGUGAGCAUUAUCAUAAAAACAAAAAGAGAUCUAAAAGAAAGCACGAUAAUAAAGAUCGAAGCUGCGAAAGAGCAAAAAAGAUUUCUCAAAAGAGUAGUAAAUAUUCGACAACAUAUUCUACAGAAAAAGGACAGGAUGGAGAAGUUGGUAAAUAUAAGUUGAGAAGAUUGGAAGAAUGCGAUGAUUAUAAUCCCUCGGGUAUAAAGAUCGAGAUCAAGACCGAGGCCGAGACCGAAACCGAAACCGAAACCGAAACCGAGACCGAGACUGAGACCGAGAAUAAGAUCGAUAGGCUUCAAUUAGAAAAUAAAGAGAGUAAUGUUAAAAAACAGAAAAAGAAACGUACAUCAAAGUGGGAUAACACAAAUUUUGAUGAAAUGGAAGAUGUAAACUCGAGUGAUUCUGAUUGUUCGAGCGAUAGUAGUGAAUUGCGUAGGACUAUCGAUAAACGAGUUCCUGACGGUUGGACAACAACCGAUUCUGAUAAUGAAGAAGAUAAUAAACGGUGAUAAUAUUUAAUACGUAAUAAUAUUUAAUAAGAUAUAAUAUUAUAUAUAUAUAUUUAUUAUUUAAGUGAAACUUCUUUUGGGGAAGUACUGAAAAUUUUCAAGUGAGACAAAAAGUGAAGAUCUUUAAAGGAGCGUGUUGUUUGAGUGAUUAGGGAGAAACGGGGGUAGUAUCAAUCUGACAAGACUUGCGGAAGAUGGCAGGGGAGAUACAAGACAGUGGCGCGCGGGCAUAAACAAUUUUUAACAAAUGUCAUUGAUAAAAAUUGUUUUACCAGCACAAUGAUAGAAUAUAAGAAAAUAAAAUGAACAGAAAAUAAAACCUAACUAAGCAUCAAAAUUUAUUAUAUCCUUUUUUUUAUAAUAGAUCUCUAUUUCUGAAAUAAUUUUCGUGGAAUAUCGCGAAUGUACAUUAAAUAUUUU